GAGAGGAGAGAAAGUGAGAGAGGGAGAGGAGAGAGGCACACGUUUUCAUCCAAACCCCUGUUUUUCCACAGCCUAUCGCUUUGUGGCUCUGCUCAGUUCCCUAUUGUUUAGUCUCUUAGAACAGACAGGGGAAAAAAAAUCCCCGCUCCGCUUAUUUAUAAACGGAUGCAGUGAGACAUUUUUUUAAAAUCUGAUGUUCGGUGUUCUUGGCUCUGAAUGCUGCAUCCUUUAUCAACUUCUCCGAUUUCUUCACUUAGACUUGAGCUGCAUCAUGAAUAGUUUGGGGACAUCUUUCCAUCAUAUACCUCUGGAAUGCUCGGGAUUACACGGCCGAAACCAGGAGAGCAUGUAAACGCAGAUGGAGUUUGGGAUUUAUUGCAAAAUAAGGGAAAGAUGACCGUCUUCUCGUUGUGCUUGCUCCUGUGCGCAGAUCUGCUGGAUUUAGCCGUCGGAUAUUUGACAGUUACGAUAGAGCCACUGCCUCCUGUCGUUGUCGGUGAGACUGUAACCCUCAAAUGUAACUUCAAAACCGAUGGAAGGCUGCGAGAGAUUGUUUGGUACAGGGUCACAGAUGGAGGUACAAUCAAGCAGAAAAUCUUCACCUAUGAUGCCAUGUUUAAUACAAAUUACUCUCAUAUGGAGGACUACCGCAGGCGUGAAGAUCUUGUAUAUCAAUCAACCGUCCGGCUCCCAGAGGUACGGAUCUCAGACAAUGGGCCUUAUGAAUGCCAUGUCGGCAUAUAUGACCGGGCAACGAGGGAGAAGGUUGUCCUGGCUUCAGGAAAUGUUUUUCUUACAGUUAUGUCUCCUCCAAACAACAUAUCAGUGCUGGCUGAAAACACUCCAGCCCCCUUCAGUCGAUACCAAGCUCAGAAUUUUACUCUUGUCUGCACAGCAAAAGGAGGAAAACCAGCCCCAUCGGUAUACUUUAAGCGUGAUGGUGAGCUGAUAGAGGUGAUUUCCUACACUGAGCCCUCCACCAGUGAGCGAGCAGCCGGCUCAGCAGGAUGGAGAGGAGCGAGGCCACUUAUCAGCAGGGACCUUGAUGAGACCAAACUGCAGCGUUCCCUCUCCCUUCUCGACCCGGAAGGCCGGUCGGCCCGACUGUACACAGAGAGUCCUCAGCGUGUCCACACUCAGGGCCAGCAGGCCUAUGAACCCAGCCCUGCAACAGAGGUCAUUCCAGAGACAGUGGUGAGCCGAGAGUUCCCCCGCUGGGUACACAGCACCGACCCUCUCUACUACUUUAGUCACACUCAGAUCCCUCAGAGCGACGGCUCUGUUGUGGUACAGGCUCGACUUACCUGGACCCUCAACCCUCAGCUGGAUAACGAUGCCCUAUUCAGCUGUGAAGUUAAGCACCCAGCAUUAUCCAUGCCCAUGCAGACGGAGGUCACUCUGGCUGCUCCUAAGGGUCCUAAACUCUUCAUGACCCCCACUAGGGCAAAGGUUGGGGAUACAGUGCGCAUCUCUGUACAAGGAUUCCAGAAUGAAGUAUUUCCUGAGCCACUCUACACCUGGACACGGGUGGGAGGCCGCCUACUGGAUGGCAGUGCAGAGCGUGAGGGGAAAGAGCUGAUUCUGGAGAGAGUGCCGGCAGAGCUCAAUGGCUCUAUGUAUCGCUGUACUGCCCAGAAUCCUUUGGGUUCUACAGACACACACACUCGUCUCAUAGUUUUUGAAAAUCCGAGCAUGUUGAAAAACACGCAGAAUCCGAACAAUGAAGCCACUCGCACAGAAAAGCGUGGACUGACGUGGCUUGCACUUGUUCUCACAGUUACAGUGGGACUGACGUGAAACGGCUUCUUCAAGACACUCUCCCUCACAAAUAUAGACACACAUUUUGCCCAUACAAAACACAACAUCUGAAUAUGCACACAGAAAAAGCAUACAUACAGUUCAAAGACCUUCCACAAUCCUGCAAGCCUACUCCAGUCAACAACAAACCCUCUUGUCAUCUGUCAAACAAGAAACAGUGCCACCACGUUAUGGUACUUUGUUUUAUAACAAAAUUAUAUUCAAGAUAAUAUGAAAAGAACAACGUGAUGAACUUCACAGUUACCACCUCCUAUAUAGUUCCAUCCUAUUACUUUUUUUGUUCCUUGUCCCAAGUCUGCCUGUUGAUAAAAAAAAAAAAAUCAGAUGAUUUAAAACAGAAGAAAAGAAGCAUUUGAUUUUAUUUUCAUGAGUCACAAUAUUAUUGGUGUUUUGUGAAAUGUGGACAAAUGGAACUGGCUUUGACUGCACCAUCCUAUCAACCACUCCCAUCUGUUACAUGUCCUGGAAUGGACCAGAUUAGCAACAAGCUGAAAUAUGAUGGGAGAACAGACCUCCAGAUGCUCUGAGGGAACUUUCAUUUCUCUCUAUAUAUAUACAUAUAGAUCUAUAUAUAUAUAGAUCUAUAUAUAUGUACUUUUUUUUCUGAUGGCUUGGAAUGUACAUGAAGAUUUAAAUGCAUUGAGAAAACUGGAGAAAUCUCUUUUUUGAGUGUAUUUUGUGUACUACAGUGUAAAUACUGAAAAAUAAUUAAAGAAGUUAUAUGGGUCACGGUGAGGAAUGGGUGCGGAGAUUGUUGGAGUUUAUGCUUCUCCACCUUUGUUUGUACUUCAUUCAACUUUCAGAUAUAAUUCUUGAUUGAGAGGACGGAAUGAACAUUAUUUCUGUUUGUCACUUAGGCGUUUUAUAAGAAUUUGGCUGUUCUUCAAAGGACAGAGAAAAAACCAAACAAAAAAAAAACCUUUGUCUGCUGUUUUGGGGUUGUGGUGCAUGUGACUUUUGAAGAUUCUUUUUCCUUUUCAUGUGUUGCAACUGACAGCACCGCAGCUCUUUGUCACUAGCCUGUAACCCAGCUAUUUACUUGUGACCUACAUUGUGUAAAAUGCGUAACUCUUCCCCAGACAUUACCAGUACAAGUAGGAUCAUUUUAGCCGCCAUUCCAAGGAGGAGCUCACAAGAGGCAGCUUGUGUAAACAGGGUUGUUGCAUUUGUUUCAUUUCACCUGUAUUAAAAUGGAGAGAUGAUAAAACUCACAAGCCUUGGCUUUACUUACAAUUGAGCAAGUGUUUGACAUUUUUCUGAUACACAUGUGGCAUUCUGUACUUGAAAGGUUACAGAAAUUGCUGAUGUCCUGUUAAUCCUACAAAAUUAGACCAUGCAAAUGCAUUGUUUUAAUUUUUACUUUCAUAGGAAAAAAGUCUAUGGAAAUAAUUUUCCAUAUUUUUAGAGCUAUGUAGCACAGGUCACAGGCAGUUUCAAAUUGGGGUAUUCUAUGAAAUUGAUGAUAUUUGAAUCUCCUGUGUUGGCCAUUCAGGGAUGCUUGCUCAGACAAAGCACCGCCUAUUUCUACACGACUCCUCCGUGGAGCUGAAAUGUCCAGCCAAACUUCCGCCUCAGAGAUCACCCCUCCCCCAUGCCUUGCCCACAGAGUUCCACCAGACUAGCAGCAGCAAUUAGCAAACACCUGGUGGUGAGUCUGCUGAGCUUAUCUGUCUAACUCUCUUCAGGACAGUUGCAAGUGGUGCAGUGAAGGAAAAUUGUUGUGAAGACUUACUGAAGGUGGAGUGUCAGAAAGAUCAGGGGCUUCAGACACAGAGGCCAAAUAUCAAGACGUCAAAUUCCUUUGAAGUUAUUUUUUCAUGUAAACAGCAAUUUUUUAAAUAAAUACUGCAGGUAAUUUUGGUUCAUGCAAUAAAAUGUGGAAAAUACAAAAUGCUGCCCCUUUAGAGCUUUGAUUAGUUUUCUUGUUUAUUAGUAACGAGUUCAUAAUGGAUCCUGGUACAUCCACUGUAAACUAUUAUUGGUUUGUAAUUAUGUUCAGUAUACAAUUUUCUGCAUUUUUCUUUGCAUUUAUGACUCACUUUUUGUCAAAGAAGGAGAAGUGGCUCAAAUUCUAAAUGCAUUAGAAUAUGCAAAUCAUCUUGAUCUUACUUGGUCAUGUUGAAUCAUUUUAAAAGUGCAUUCUUUUAAAAUGAUUAAUGUGGUCAAUCACAAUUUUUCAUUGUUUGAAAUGUCUGUUGUAUCUAGUGUAGAUAAACCUAAACUGAGCAGACAUUUUUAAAUGUAUGACUUUAUUAUCUUUUCUGCCUAAUAGAAAGAAGGAUGCUCUAUUUAAUCACCUAGCCACUAUUUACUGGUGUAGUCAGCGACAGAUGGAAACUGUGUAAACUUUAAGCUAUUGGGUUUUGUCAUUAUUUGUUUUUAUCAAACUGGUUUGUCAGUAAAGCCAUGGCAAAACAACAUUCAGUUUAACUGCUAACUAGGCCUUGGUACUGCUUCCAAGUGAUACUGACCUGUGUAAAAACUGCAGGAAAAAUCUUUAAGCACCAAUUAAAAUGCAUCUCAUGCUUUCUUUCCUCAUGUUGUCAUAAACUUAUCAACCAAAACAGAUGGUGAAAAUAAGAAGUGCAAGUGUCUCAACACAAAAAGCCUAUAGAUUUCAAUCACAUUCUUGUUUUUCUACUGGGAGCAAUAGUGAGGAUAAGAAGCUGCCUUCAUGGCCUAUUUGUGAAUUAUUCAGAAGUCAACCAUGCUUGCAGAAUCCAGUUUCUUUUUUUGUCAUCAGGCUUGACUAUCAGAUGACUACAGCACCCUAGCAGCUGACAGGACACCUGACACACCCUCUGAAAGAGUCCCGCGUAACGUAUCUUUAUAAUGCUUCACAAAGGGCUGGUGAAAUAAAAAACUGUUUUGUUCCUGAUUGUAGGCUUGCUCUAGUAUGUUAUCAGCAACAAUAAUGACAGCCUCACAGUGCUGAGUAGCAUGCUUCACGUAUGACAGAAAUACAUGUUUACAUCCAGUGGAAAUAAAUGGUACUGUCAGUUUUCACA